CCUUGAAUAGUAUAAGAAAUCUACCAAUGUUAUUAUCAACCUACCUGUACACAAUACCAUCGACAAAUUUUGCCAAUACUGAAUUUGUUAUUCUCAAUGAAUCUGAUAAUAUUGUAUCUGUUAAUGUUGCUGUCAAUAAGAGAGCUGCGCACACCAAUACCAAAUAUACUUAUAUCUCUAUUGAUAGAAUGGGUAAAAAAGUUCGUAAUCAUAAAAUUUCUUUUGGUGAAAGACAAUUUAAAUAA